ACUUGGCGCGACGUGUUGAUCAAAUCGCUGAGAUGUGCUAGAGCAAGCAGCCGACCCAGCCGAAUCGUAUUGAAAUAAGAGUUUUGUGGAAUCGAGGAAUUCAGCAAGUUAGUGCUAUAAAAUGGCAAAGCCAAGGUCGUCGGCGGAUCCGACUGGAAAUGGCAACGGAGCAGCAGAUGCAGCUGCGGAGCCGAAGCUCAACUAUUUCCAGAAACUGUGGCGCUAUCGCCACUAUCUGGUCAUCGAGCCCUUCUUCUUUUUCUACUUCAUGGCCUCCGUGUUCAAUGCGGUGGCCAUGCAGAACUUCCCACUGGACAAGGCGUGUCGCGUGAAUCUGGGCUACAACAAGGUGGUCUGCGACACGAUGCUGGACAAAUCGGAGCUGGGCAUCGAGUGCGAUGACUUCGACUUCGAGAACACCACUCAGGGCGCCACUCCGGAUCUCGCCGGCCUGGUGAUUGGAGCCAGUGGAUUCAACUACACGGUGUGCAAGGCGGAACUGGAGGCGCAGAUCCUAGCGGCCGAUGUCUCUGGGAAGCGAGCUCCCAUGGCUGCCAUUUUCCCCCUGAUUGUGCUGCUUUUUGCUGGCGGAUGGGCAGAUCGGUACAACAAACGAAAGCCCUGCAUGAUAAUGCCAAUUAUCGGAGAGGCAUUAUCUUUCACAUGUCAGAUUAUCUCAUCGAUUUUCUUCGAAUCGCUGCCCAUGGAGUUUGGUGCCUACUGCGAGGCCAUAGUUCCAGCACUCUUUGGAGGACUGACCUUUUGCCUGAUGGCAAUCUAUAGCUACAUUACCAUAGCCACGCCGGAGGAGGAUCGUGUGUUCCGCUUCGGCAUCUUUGCCAUGUUCGUCACAGGAGUUCCCUUCAUAGGACAGCCGAUUAGUGGACUUCUCUUCACCACUUUGGGCUACACAUGGUCCUUUGCCUCAGCCAUUGUCUUCCAGCUGAUUGCAAUAUUCUACAUCAUUUUCUUCAUAAAGGAGGUGAAGUCCACGCCCUCGCCCACUACCAGCACCACAGCGAAUGAGCCACCACCACUGCCCACCACCCUGCCGCCCAAACAGCAGGGUGCGGAUAAUAUGGCCUACGAGACCACCAACUUGGAGGAGCUGCAGGGCAACAAGAACGUCAACUUCCAGCUGACGCCCCACAUGGAGCCCAAGGUGGAGGCGGUGCCCCCGAAACGUUCCCUCUUGAAGGAGCUCUUCGAUCCCAGCCUGGUGCUGGACUGCAUCCGCUUCCCGCUGGUCAAGCGACCCAACAACGGCAGGAUGCUGCUGAUCCUGCUGCUGUGCGCCUACUUCCUCACCGUGGGCCCCACUUCCGGGGAGAACGACUAUUGGUAUCGAUUCACGCUGAAGAAGCUCGCCUGGAACGGCAACGACUUCAGUAUCUACCUCACCCUGUCCAGCGGUGCUGCACUGGUGGGCACCUUCAUUGGCACCGCCAUUUUGAGCAAGCUCCUCAAGGUUUCCGACUCCAUGAUCGGCAUGCUCUCCGCUCUGUCUAUCGUCUGCUCGCGCGUUCUUUUCGCCUUCUCCAGCAGCACCUCCUCAUUCUACGUGGCUGGAGUGGUGGACAUGUUCGUCAGUCUGCGAGUGAUUGCCAUCAAGACCAUCGGCUCGAGCAUUGUAGCUGGCGAUGAGCUGAGCAAGAUGUACUCCAUCUUUGGCAUCAGUGAGCCAGUGGCCCAGUUCAUCUUCCCGCCCAUCUUCAGUGAGAUCUACAAGAGCACUGUGGAUUCAUUCCCAGGAGCCAUUUGGCUCUUUGGCGAAAUCUUCUAUAUUCCCAAUGUCCUGGUCUUCGUUGUGUGUUAUUUCCUUUUGCGACGACGAAAGGCCAACGAGGAAAAGAGUGUCGUGGAACUGGAGCAAAAUGGAGCAAAUGGAGCAAAUGGAGGAAAUCGGGCAAAUGUUGUGCCUGAUAGCGAAAUAACUAGUCUGUAACGUACUGGAUGCCAGUGAAUGUUAUAUAUAUUUUUGAUAUUUAUAAUAUAAAUUGUAUAUUUUUGUAUAUUUAUA